AUGCCGGCGCUGCACGCGUGCGCGUUCUACGCCAAGCGGCUGGCGCGCGACGGCGACGUCUUCAUGUACAGAGGGGACACACCCUUCUGCAUCAAGGGGUGCCGGCACGAGCAGAAAAACAAGUCAUCAAUCCCACAAAGGAAAAAGAGUAAAGAGCCAAUGUGCUUGUACGGGUACCCGGACGGUAGUUGGGAGUUGACGCUGCCGGAGGAGAUGGUGCCGCCAGGCCUGCCGGUGCCGACACGAGGCAUCAACCGCCGGCGAGAUUAUAUGAACCGUUCUGACUACCUGACACUCGUCGCCCACCACUCCGACUCGUGGCUCAUGGGCGUCACCUUUUUCUUGUCCACUUAUCUCGCCGCCAACCAAAGGACACAUUUAUUUGAUAUGGUAAACGAGAUGCGAACAGUCCAUGACGAAUUCUAUCUCUCUUAUGGUCUUCCUUGGCUAUCAACAUUUGUGCGUUACAAUGCAAACUGGGAGUCGAGCGCACCAACUCAAGAGAAUGUGUCCAAUCCAGACGUAGACUAUAUCGCACCUGCUGAAGAGAACGUGCCACCUUCUCAAGACUCAAUGCAAGUUUUGUUUGCUCCAAACAGGGACUCUAGGAAGCCUGCUACAGACAAACAAAAGGAUAAUGAAGUUACCGACUUUUGCGGAUCUUGUAAUGCUCCGUAUCAUGCCAAUGCCUUUUGGAUUGGUUGUGACGAAUGUGACCAGUGGUUCCAUGGCAAAUAUGUGAAGGUAACUGCCUCUGAAGCAGAACAUAUCAAAGAAUACAAGUGUCCUGACUGCAUCCGCGAGGUGAUCGGAGAGUAG